CUACGCUAAUGAUAUUGCAGCUUGAACUACUACGCCGCAACUGAAAGUGUCGUUCUUCUCAAGCUGGCGCAUGCCCUGAGCGCAAUCAGUAAAGACGACUGAAGCGAGAACCUUACUAUCUCCACUGAAAGGUUCCGAGGGUAACCUCACCACCCUCGCAGCUUGCAAUAAUAUUCAAGCCGAUGAUCCUCUACAGCACGCGACGACGUCUAGCACCUAACAUAGCCGUGCGAGGCCGUCCCUUAAUGAGGGACUUCUACAGGCCCAUCCCGAAGCCAUAUAGGCCGCGCUUGCGAACAGCAGUGCAGAGACGAAUUGGGAGUUUCUGCACACAACCUCACCUCACCCCUCCAACCCCACUACAGUUUUUGUUUUAUUACCUAUGUGUUAGCCACGGCAAGGCUGGAGUAUCAGGAAGAAAGACGGACGGACGGGACAUGCUUGACGCCCGAUGAUGAUUUGCGAAUACCCACUACUCUACUGAAUAAUGCAAUGCAAUGAAUGAC